AUGACAGCGUCUCAUAGGAGCCGUAUCAAUUUCCUCAGAGGAUGGAUCAGUCAUGAGUUGCUGCCGAGAACAGAGAUCCUUAAAGCUACCACGGCAUUGUUAGGACCAGAAAGCCGAGAAUAUGACGAUGAUAACGAUAAUAGGCAUCCUUUGGUUUACGGAUCGGAUCCUGGCGCACAAUGGGUGAGAAAUGCUGUGUGCAAGUUAAGCAACGAAGCUUUCCAAUUGGAAAACGAUGAAAAGGUUAAAAGUCGUCCUGACAGUAUCACUUUGACAUCAGGGGCUUCCUAUGGAAUGUUGAACUUGCUGCUACAAACCACGCUUCCACACACAGGCUACACAAGACAGGCAUUUGUGGUAACACCCACGUAUUUCUUGAUCAACGAGGCAUUCAUUGACGCUGGAUUUGGUGGGAAAAUCAGUGCGAUUCGUGAAAAAGACGAUGGUUUGGAUUUGCAAACGCUUCAAGAGCUUUUGGAGCAUUUCGACGGGCUUUACGAGCGCGAAAACCACCAUGACGACCCACAAGUGGUAAACGCGCCGCACUUGAAGCCCAAAAAACUUUACAGGUACGUCAUAUACCUGAUUCCCACGCAUUCAAAUCCGAGCGGCAAGACUUACUCCUUGGAGUUCCGUUUGAAGCUUAUCGAGCUAGCUCGUAAGCACGACAUGCUGAUCAUUACCGAUGACGUAUACGACUUGUUGGACUACGAACAACCCACAGAAAAACUGCCAAAGCCAGUGCCAAGAUUCACACACCUUGAUAGAGCCACGUUCAAGGGCUCUAACCAAGAUUACGGUAACACCAUCGUCAACACCACAUUUUCCAAAUUGAUUGCCCCAGGUUUGAGAUUCGGGUAUCAGGAAAGUGUGAACAAAAACUUGGCUUUACAACUAGCCGCAGGAGGAGCCAACAAAUCCGGUGGUACACCUUCGCAGCUUAAUUCCAUGAUUGUUGGCACCAUGAUCCAGAACGGUGACUGUGCCAAACUGGUCCAACAGACUCGCAUCAUCUUGGGCGAACGGUGUCAAGUCCUCUACGACAGCAUCAAAAAGUAUCUACCGCGGAAAACCGAAUACGAGCUUCAGAAAGGUGGUUAUUUCUCUUGGUGCACUCUUCCUGAAGGCUACGAAUCCAAAAAGAUUUGCGACACGUUAUCUAUAGAACACCAUGUGGAUAUACCCGACGGUUCUCGUUUCGAAGUCGUUGGUAAUCAUGUGGGUUGGGAGACAAGAAGUGUCAGACUGAGUGUAAGUUACCUAACUUCUCAAGAAAUCGAAAGAGCCGUCCGUUUGUGGGGCCAAGUAGCCAAAGAUUACGCUAAGAAAAACAAUCUAGAGUUUUAG